CCUAGCUGGGGAGAAAGCUGGUGCACAGGCUUGCAGCGGAGCCCAUCGCAGUUGACUGUUUGAGCAGCCCACCCCUCUCUCUGCAGUAUGCAUGUUUGCCAGGGACUCGCGUUCACGUCCCUGCAGUGUACUUCACCGGCCAGAGACCAUCUACUGAAGAGUCGAGGAUAGGCCUAAUAAAAUUGGAUGUGGCAGGCGGACCGGAGGCGGAAAGCCCGGAGUGACCGGAGGAAUACAGUAUUACUACAGGAAUACAGGCUGCCGCUCUCCUCUGAACGUGGACAAUCAUGCAUGUGCUCUUCUGGGGCUUGGGGUUCCUACUAUUCCCUGAUUUCUUGAAUGUAGUCGCAUCUACGGGGAAAUUGCUUUUGAAUUCAAGCACAGUAAAAGAGGAGAUCGGCGCUUAUGAGAUUGUAACACCGGUGCGAGUGAAUGAAGCCGGUGACAAGUUUCCAACCAGUGUGCACUUCAAGAGGAAAAGACGAAGUUUGGACGAGAGCACCGGCAAUACUACGGAUCACUGGGCCUCGCCAAAUAUUCACUACAGGAUAUCUGCUUUCGGACAGCAUUAUCACCUCAACCUCACGCUGGAUUCGGGAUUUAUCGCACCUCUCUACACUGUGACAGUACUUGGAGUGCCCCGAGGAGAUAACAUAACGGAUUUUGCAACAGACGGGGAGGUGGAGGAGGAGGACACGGAGUUAAGGCACUGCUUCUAUAAAGGACUUGUAAAUGCACAAGCAGAACACGCCGCGGUCAUCAGUUUGUGCUCCGGACUGCUUGGCACUUUCAGGUCUCCACAAGGGGAAUAUUUUGUGGAGCCCCUACACAGCUAUCAAGGAGAACACUAUGAAGAGGAACACACAAAACCUCAUAUUGUAUACAGGAAGAGUGCACCCAAGAAACAGACAUCUGGGGAGGACUCAGCUUGUGACACUUCAGGGCACAAACACAGACACAAGAGACACAAGCUUAAGAGAAGGCCAGUGGCCGGGGUGACCACUGUGUCCAAUGCAGCCCCUGUGGUCAGCGGCGGUAUACUCAGUGCUGUGGAGUCACUGGGUGCCAGCCUGGCCAGCAAUGCUUUGCUCAGAUCAGAGAGCGGCAGUGCUAGCGCUAGACCAUCAAAUGAUAGCAGCGGUGACUCAGGACCUCACAGGAGAUCAAAGCGCUUCCUCUCCUACCCGCGCUUUGUUGAAGUCAUGCUGGUGGCUGACAGCAAAAUGGUGGAGCAUCACGGCAGCAACCUACAGCACUACAUACUCACACUAAUGUCCAUCGUAUCAUCCAUCUACAAGGACCCCAGCAUCGGCAACCUGAUCAACAUUGUAAUUGUAAAAUUAGUCAUAAUAAACAACGAGCAGGAUGGUCCAGUCAUUUCAUUUAAUGCACAGACCACUUUAAAGAACUUCUGCAUUUGGCAGCAGAGUCAGAACAUCCUGGAUGAUAACCACCAUUCCCAUCACGACACUGCCAUCCUAAUUACCAGGCAGGACAUCUGCAGAGCAAGGGAUAAGUGUGACACCUUAGGACUUGCAGAGUUGGGGACGGUGUGUGAUCCAUACAGGAGUUGCAGCAUCAGUGAGGACAAUGGACUCAGCACUGCAUUCACCAUUGCCCAUGAACUUGGCCAUGUGUUCAACAUGCCUCAUGACGACAGUAACAAGUGUAAGGAGGAUGGAGUUAAGAUUCAGCAACAUGUGAUGGCUCCCACACUUAACUACAACACAAACCCUUGGAUGUGGUCCAAGUGUAGCAGGAAGUACAUCACAGAGUUCCUCGACACAGGAUAUGGUGAGUGCUUGCUCGACGAGCCCGUUUCUAGGCCGUACAGUCUUUCGCAGCAGCUGCCUGGACGGAUAUACAAUGUCAAUAAACAGUGCGAAUUGAUAUUUGGGCCAGGAACGCAGGUGUGCCCUUAUAUGUUUCAGUGUCGGAGGCUGUGGUGCACCAGUCCAGAGGGCGCCCAGCGGGGCUGCAGGACUCAGCACAUGCCGUGGGCAGACGGCACUGACUGCUCCCCUGGAAAGCACUGCAAACACGGCCUGUGUAUAGCCAAAGAGCACGAUGCCACACCUGUGGAGGGGGCAUGGGGAGUUUGGAGCCCUUUCGGUACCUGUUCACGGACAUGCGGCGGGGGCAUCAAGAUCGCCGUGCGUGAAUGCAACCGACCCGUGCCCAGGAAUGGAGGAAUGUAUUGCGUGGGUCGCCGAAUGAAGUUUCGUUCCUGUAAUUCUGAGCCCUGCUCCAAGCAGAAGAAGGACUUCAGGGAGGAGCAAUGUGCGGCUUUUGAUGGCAGGCACUUCAACAUCAACGGUCUACCUCCUAAUGUUCGCUGGGUGCCCAAGUACAGCGGAAUCCUGAUGAAGGACAGGUGUAAGCUGUUCUGCAGGGUGGCAGGCAGCACGGCCUACUAUCAGCUCAGGGACAGGGUCAUUGAUGGCACGCCGUGCGGACCCGAUACCAACGACAUCUGUGUCCAGGGCCUGUGCAGGCAAGCGGGCUGUGACCAUGUGUUGAACUCCAAAGCCAGGAGGGACAAGUGUGGCGUGUGUGGAGGUGACAACUCUUCCUGCAAAACUGUGGCAGGCACCUUCAACAUCGUCCGCUAUGGCUAUAAUGAAGUUGUGCGAAUACCCAGUGGUGCUACAAAUAUAGAUGUACGUCAACACAGCUACUCAGGGAAACCGGAGGAUGACAACUACCUCGCCAUAUCAAAUAGCCGUGGAGAGUUCCUGCUUAAUGGAGAGUUUGUGGUCAGCAUGUUCAAAAGGGAAAUCAAAGUAGGAAAUGCCAUCAUCGAGUACAGUGGUUCUGACCAUGUCAUUGAGAGGAUCAACUGUACUGACCGCAUUGAGGAGGAGAUCAUUGUCCAGGUGCUGUCUGUGGGGAACCUUUACAACCCAGAUGUCAGGUACUCCUUCAACAUCCCCAUAGAAGACAAACCUCAGCAGUUCUUCUGGGAUGCCUAUGGGCCCUGGCAGGAGUGCAGCCGCCUGUGCCAAGGAGAGCGCAAGCGGAAAAUUCUGUGUAGCAGAGAGUCAGACAGGGUGGUGGUAUCGGACCAGAGGUGUCACGGUACAGCCAGACCUGCUGUCAUCACUGAGCCCUGUAACACUGAAUGUGAACUCAGGUGGCAUGUUGCUCGUAAGAGUGAGUGCACAGCUCAGUGCGGCCUGGGAUAUCGUACCCUGGAAAUAUACUGUGCCAAAAUCAGCCGUGCAGAUGGUAAAACGCAGAAGGUUGAUGACCGCUACUGUAGCGGUCAGCGCAAACCUGAUGACAAGGAAGGUUGCCAUGGAGACUGUAACCCAGGUGGCUGGGAGUACUCGCCUUGGACAGAGUGCUCCAAGAGCUGCGGUGGAGGCACCCGCCGUCGAGGGGCAGUGUGUCGAAAGGCAGCCGAGGCUGGCGGUGAUGAGAGCAAAUGCAGUCAAAGGGACAAGAUGACCGUCCAACCCUGCAAUGAAUUCCUCUGUCCACAAUGGAAGACUGGCGACUGGUCUGAGUGCCUGGUGACAUGCGGGAAAGGCUAUAAGCACCGUCAGACGUGGUGUCAGUUUGGUGAGGACCGUUUAGAUGACCGCUUUUGUGGCUCAUCUAAACCUGAAUCGGUGCAGACGUGCCAGCAGCAGGAGUGUGCCUCUUGGCAGGUUGGACCAUGGGGACAGUGCACUACCUCGUGUGGGCCAGGCUACCAGAUGCGAGCGGUGAAGUGUGUAGUUGGCUCUUAUGGUGCUGUCAUGGAUGACACUGAAUGUAAUGCUGCCACCCGGCCCACUGACACCCAGGACUGUGAACUGGCCCAGUGUCCCAGCAGCCACCCUGUUCCCCCAGGGACUAAAGUCCCCUCCCACCAGGGCCACAAAACCCAGUGGCGCUUUGGCUCCUGGACCCAGUGUAGUGCCAGCUGUGGCAAAGGGACACGUAUGCGCUACGUGAGUUGCCGUGACAACCAAGGUGGUGUGGCAGAGGAGUCGGCAUGCGCCCACCUACCAAAACCCCCUGCCAGAGAAGUGUGCUCAGUGGUGGCCUGCGGACAGUGGAAAGUGCUGGAAUGGACAGUGUGCUCAGUAACCUGUGGCCAGGGGAAGACGACACGGCAGGUACUGUGCGUCAACUUCAGUGACCAAGAAGUGAAUGCUAGUGAGUGUGACCCAGACGAUCGUCCUACCACAGAGCAGGACUGCGCUAUGUCUCAAUGCCCGUCCCGCUCCAGUGACUCCCGACCUUUCCCGUCCUCACCAAAUGCCAGCAACAGGAACAACCUGCCCCGCAGCCAAUCCCACCAAUGGCGGACUGGACCCUGGGGCGCGUGCUCCAGCACAUGUGCAGGAGGUUUCCAGCGCCGUGUAGUAGUGUGCCAGGAUGAGAACGGCUACCCUGCCAACAGCUGUGAGGAUCGCAGCCGGCCCAGUGAGCAGCGAUCCUGUGAGUCAGGGCCAUGUCCACAGUGGAUCUAUGGCAGCUGGGGAGAGUGCACCAAGCCGUGUGGAGGUGGGAUCAAGACUAGGCUGGUGGUGUGUCAGCGUCCAAACGGCGAGCGUUUCAAUGAUCUGAGCUGCGAGAUCCAUGACAAGCCACCAGAUCGUGAGCAGUGCAAUACUCAGCCGUGCCCGUCUAGCCCCCACUGGAGCACAGACCCAUGGAGCUCGUGCUCUGCCUCCUGUGGAAGAGGAUUCAAGUCCCGUAAGGUGGGCUGUGUGACCGGGUCAGGCCGCCCCGUCCCAGAGGAAAACUGCCAGCAUCUGUCCCCCAAACCCAGGAAGCAAAGGCGCUGCAGAGGUGGACAAUGCCCUAAGUGGAAGACUGGCAACUGGGGAGAGUGUUCAGCAUCGUGUGGUGACGGCAUCCAGCGACGGGAGGUGUUCUGCCAGGUCGGAGCCCGCCGCAGCCCGCAGGAGACCGGCUGCUCCCAGCGCUCCAGACCGGCGUCCAGCCAGAGCUGCCGUGCGGCCGACUGCCCCUCCCGGUACCGGUGGAGAGAAGGAGACUGGCAGACGUGCAGUAAAUCAUGUGGAACGGGCCACCGACGACGAGCCUUGCAGUGCAUGGACCACAACCAGCAGGAGGUCCACGAGAUGUACUGUGUGAACCAGAUCAGACCUCCAGACAUAGAGAGCUGUAACACCCAUGCUUGUGAAUUGAUCUGGAUCACAGGAGAAUGGACUGAGUGCUCAGCCAGCUGUGGUCAGGGCUACCGCCAGCGUCUGAUCUCCUGCAGCGAGGUGCAUGUGGAGAAUGACAACUAUGAGUACGGCCAUCAGUCUUUGUCCAACUGCCCGGGGACCCCCCCUGAGAGCUACAUGCCUUGUAAUUUGGACCCGUGCCCGCAGCCACAGGAGUGGAGGGUUGGAAUCUGGGGACCGUGUUCAGCGAGCUGUGGUGAUGGUGUGAUGGAGAGGACGGUGCAGUGUGUGUCAGCAGAUGGUCAGGAAACCAAUAGGUGUUCUCAAGGUGCCAUACCAGAGGCCAGGAAAGUUUGCAGAAAUCCAAGCUGCCAUCUGCCCUCUAGCUGUCAAGACGUCCAGAGCACAAACGGCCCCCUCCCAGACGGCGAACACCUUCUCAAUAUUCAAGGAAGAGCUCUCAAAGUCUACUGUGCAGGAAUGCAGACAGAGACUCCGCAGGAGUACAUCACCUUGACGACCGGAGAAGGGGAGAAUUUUUCGGAGAUCUUUGGCUUCAGACUCAAUGACCCCACCCAGUGUCCAGCAAACGACUCCAGAAGAGAGGAUUGCGACUGUCGGAGAGACUACACCGCCGCUGGCAUCAGCACCUUCUCCAAAGUCCGCCUGGACCUCAGCAAGAUGAACAUCAUCACUACAGACUGGCAGUUUGCUGUCACCCGAGAAGGCAAGAGUGUUCCAUUCGCUACAGCUGGAGACUGCUACAGUGCCGCACGCUGUCCACAGGGGCGGUUCAGGAUCAAUCUCUCAGGAACAGGUUUUAAGGUGGCUGAGGACACCUCGUGGAUCUCCCAAGGCAACUAUGCAGUGGCUAAUAUACGAAAAUCACAGGAUGGCAGCAGAGUGUCAGGAAUAUGCGGAGGCUACUGCGGGAAAUGUACACCGUCCUCUGGCUCCAGUCUGCCUGUGAUAGUGGAGUAGAUCUAAUACCAUCAAACAGCAUCUAUGUCCAUUCAUCUCGGCAGUCCUCUUCAGGUCCUCAUUGUGUCAACACGUCCCUCCUCUUUGGUGCUACGGCCAAUUCAGAGCUCAAACUCGCCCUGACCUCUCUCACUUCCAUGUGUGUAUAGUGUAAAUGAAUGUGGUGUAAGUACUGUACAUAGCAGGAUAAAAAAUGUCUUAUUUAUUGUACUCUCCAUUUAUUUUUGUAUUGUAAUAUAAUUUAACAGUUUUGUUGUCUAUAGCGAACACCACACAGUUACACACAGUUUAUCAGAGUUUAGCCAGAAUGUGCCUUCCAAUUUGGACAUUUGCCAUUUGGAGCUUUUCAUACUGUUGUUAAAUCACACUGCAUGUGUUACAGCCAUAUGUUCAUUUUUAGACCAGUUCAUUAUGUUGGGUUUAUUACAGUUAUGUUAUUGUUGUGAUGGUCACCAGACCUGUUCAUAUUCAGGGGGGUGUCAGUCAGUGGACUAUUUUUUUUAAAAUCACUUCGGGCACAUACACAGAUGCCCAGUAUAACUAUAGUCCUAUUUUAUACUGUGUGCCAACAAGCAGCUCCUUUAGAAAACUUUCUUGAUUUAGUGAAGUGAGAGUUUAGUGAUGUUCUCAGUAAGAUGGCACCAGUGAGUCCACUUCUAAGUUGUAAGUAACUGUUGCUGUAAAUUCAGUCCAGCUACUUCCUGGGCUGCUCUACUCUGUGACAGUCUGCAACUUUCAGUGCUUUGCUCAUCAACAGCUUCUCAGCAAUUUUGAGGUGUUGCAUUUGUAGCCAAUUAUAUCCAAAAGUGUGGACUAGCUGGAUUGUGGUCAGGCUGCUCCACCUGCAUCUCUCCAGCUGUCAACUGCAGCUGUAUGUCUUCCUCCAGCUGGACAGGAGAGAGGAAAGUGCGAUAAAUAAUAACACACGGCAGGAAAAAGCCAGAGGCCUGUACUACAAAGCAGGAUUUGGGGUUAAUGAGGUAACGUCAGUCUCAAACCUAAGACUUUCUAUUUUCACUCUGGUUUUAAAACAGCAUCUGAAAAGAAGGAGAGAUCAUGUAAAACACUAAACACAUAAUGAUGAUUCUAGCUUCAUUUUAAUUGUGCAAAGUUUACUUUAUCCCCACAGUGAUAGCUGACAGUGUGGCUCAUUUUACACCGAUUCCAUCACAGCAGCUCAGAAUAACAUGAGGCACCUGUGUGAUGAGAACAGGAAAUAAAAACAUGAGCUUGAUUUCUAGUAAUGGCCUCUGGUGUUGCUGCCACGACAAACACACCUGCAUUUUGAAGAUACACCCAUAUUGAUACUGUAAUUUGAAGUUGUUUUACUGAAUGUCAAAAGACACUCUGGGGAUAAAGUCAAUUCAGUGUCUUUUAGUUUUGUACCAAAUAUAAGGUGAAACAGUGAGCACUCUAUUUUUCAGUAAGCCUGAAUAUCUGAACUGUCUAUGAUACAUACAUCAGCAUCAGAAUCAUUCUCAGUAUGUUUCAAUUUCAGAAAAGAUCCAUUCAUGCUUCUUGCUGAGUUGUAGCAAUCACAGCUGCAUCCUCUCUGCAGUACGAGGACAGUGGGUAUUAGAGAGCAACUGUGAGGCAGUUGAAGGGAAUGAUGAUAAUGUAUGUUCCCAGAAUGAAGUGUGCUAAUGCCAACAAAGAGUUGGCGUGGAGGUGGGAUUUACAGGCCAGACGUAGGGAGGAAGUGAGAUGUUUACCCAUGCACAAACACACUGUACACACACACAAACACACUGGAACACAUUACUGGGUCACGAGGAGGAGGCUGUACUGUAGGUUACACGAACUGUAGAGAUUACGCUGCCAGACAUCAGAGAGAACCGAAUUCCUUUGUGUUGUUGCAUAUCUCUCAGGUAGCGUGCGGUGACCAGGGAGAGCCAUUAGCCUUUAGCUUUUACAGAACAGACAGGUUAGCUUAUCUGGAGCAACUUGAAAGAAAGACCUCACCUCAGGCCAAUAGAAUUCCAGUAGACACUCCGGAGAUGCGAUGCACUGGUUCGGCCCUGGAGACACCUCUAAAACUGCUGAGCCCACAGGUCCCGCAGCGUGAUUUCUGUCCAGAUGCUGCCUGUAAACUUUACCUUCUGUACCUCACAUUCUUCUCUCCAUCUUUGUGUUUUUUUUUUUUUUUUUUAAUGAGUCUAUCCAAACUGUACAUACCGAUGUGCUCCUGUGUGGAGCAUUCUGACAUGUUGUUUUUGUGACAAUAUCAGGGUACUUUUUGUGUAUAUGUAUGUUUUUGUAUUUCUUUUGCAGGUUUACACAGUUUUUAUGAGCAUUUUUUUCUGUUUCAGAAACAUUGAAAGACACAGGAAGAAUUCAGACAUUAUUUAAAGGAACAGUGUGUAAGAUCUAGGGGGAUUUAGUGACAUCUACUGGCAAAGAUUGCCAAUUGCAAUCAGCUGAAUCUUGUCCCAGUUAGAAUUCUUUUAAUGUCUGUGGUUCAGGAGGUUUUUAGAGUGAGUCGAAUUAUCUGCAGAGGUCUGCUCCUCUCCAAAACAAUGUGAUUGAAACUGAUAAAAAACACUGAAUAAAGCAGUUUCACAUUACAAAUCAGUGUUUCUCAGACACUGUUUGGCAUGGCGGAGAUGGCCGCUAGCCCAGCACCUGCUAAUGUGUGCUCACCUUUUUUCUCUGCCAACUUAAGAUUCAGAGAGCCAGGAGCCAAAUUGUCUUCAAAAGUCUCUUCCUCUCCAAAUCAGAUGUAUCUGGUGAUUUAAACCAGUAGAAACACAGAAUAAAGCAGUUUCACAGGGGCUGCAAACUACGGGGAAACUCGAAUGGCCCUGUCUGGAGCUAGUAUUUGGUUUGUCUGCUUUUGGAUACUGUAGAACAUGGUGGUGCAACGUAGCAGACUCCGUGGACGAAAACCUGCUCCAUAUGUAGAUAUAAAUGGCUCAUAAGGUAACAAAAACACAACUAUUUUUAUUUUCAAGUGAUUUAUACACCAACACACUUAGUGUAUUAUAUUCCAUUUCUGCCAAUGUGUCCCCCUAAAUCCUACAUGCUGGACCUUUAAGCCUUAACUGUGUAUAGGGUAGAUGUGCAGGGUGCAUACUGUAUGUACAACUGUUUAAGAAGCCAUAUUUGCUUUUCUAAGCCUUUCUGUAUAUGGUGCUAUUUCUCAGCCUCACUGUAUGUGAUAAUGUGCACACUUCAGCCAAAGGGAAUUUCACAGUCUUAAUCUGCCUCUAUACCAGUAUGAAAUUAUUUCUAAAGACACGGGGAAGUAAACAUUUUGUGUCUUACUGACAGUUGCAACUGAUAAAUGCACUUCUCAUUGUGAAUGUCAGAAGUUAAUCAAUAGAGUUCUCAGGUGUCAUAAAUGAAGGGAUUAUUAUGAUAUUUAAGUGUAUUUAUCUUAUUUUACACAUUUGCCACAUGUUUAUCAGGUAACUGAAAAAUGUAUUAUUAAAGUUUAACAAAGUGUCAUUAUAUUAUGCUUUAUUUUAUAUGCAAAUAUUUAUUUUAUCUUUUCUUUGUGUGAAUGUACAUAGGCUUUGGCCAUAAGUGACUAUGAAUUACCAUUCAUUAUGGCCAUAAAAUGAACCGUCUGGCAACACAUUUCCUGUUUUGUGUAUACGUUUAUUUAUAUGUGUGUGUCAUAUCUGCGUACACUGUAUAAGCAGAGUUUGGUGCUGCCAUAUGAAAAGCAUGAUUUAUGUAUGAGAUCAGAUAAGCAAUGAUCAGAAG